GUGGAGCUGGAGAACAUCUUCUGAAUUGAAGUACCAUCUGCAGAUUAAUUGCUGUCUGCACUUACUUGGCAUUUGACGGGACCGGCUAUCAGAAAUUAGAAUAAGCAACAACUUAGUUUCGCUAACCAACGAGGAAUCAUGAGUAACGGCAAAGAAAUGGAGGAGGUCAAAUAUGAUCUCUCAAAAAGCGCGGAGAAGACCGUGGAUGGGAGUUGUCCUGAGAAAGAGGUGAAGGCGACGGUGAAAAGGGAGCACUGGAGCAAUAAGAUGGACUUCAUUUUGUCGUGCCUGGGCUGGGCCGUAGGUCUCGGCAACGUGUGGAGAUUUCCAUAUCUUUGCUACAGGAACGGAGGAGGUGCUUUUCUUGUGCCUUAUUUCCUGAUGUUGGCUCUGAGUGGACUCCCUUUGUUCUUGAUGGAACUUGGUCUUGGUCAGUUUGCGAGUCGGGGUGUCAUCCAGAUAUGGUGUAUGGCACCAGCUUUUAAAGGUAUUGGAUUAACCAUGUGCAUGAUUAACAGUUUAGUAAAUAUCUACUAUCCUGUCAUCAUUGCCUACAUCUUCUACUACUUCUUCGUCUCGUUUGCGAGAGAGCUACCGUGGAAGUAUUGCAAUCCUCUCUGGGCAUCGGAAAACUGCACUGACCCAGACUCUCGGUCCAACAGCAACGGAACGUUCAACGGAACCUUCAAUGGAACUGGCGAGUACGAUGUAAGCACCUGGUCAAUGACCACGAUGCUUCCAAAUUCCACCAACGCAACCAACGCCAUCGAGUACGCCAAAAGGCCAGCUCAGGAAUUCUGGGACAACUUUGUGCUCCAGCGUAGCUCUGGCCUGCAUGACACCGGGGUUAUCAGAUGGCAGCUUCUUCUCUGUUUGGCGCUCGUCUGGAUCUUGACUUUCCUCGCUCUCGUCAAGGGUGUCAAAAGUGUUGGAAAGGUGGUGUACUUCACUGCAACCUUUCCCUACAUUGUGUUGACGAUCCUGCUCAUCCGUGGCCUUACCUUAGAAGGAUCCCUAGACGGUAUCCUCUACUACAUCAGGCCUAACUUCAGCAGACUCAAGGACCCCAGGGUAUGGAAAGAUGCUGCUGCUCAGAUCUUCUACUCUCUUGGACCGUCCUGGGGUGGUCUACUGACCAUGGCUAGCUACAACAAGUUCAACAAUAACUUCUACAGGGACGGGAUCAUCAUCGCCCUUCUGAACUGUAGCACCAGCAUCUUCGCAGGUUUUGUCAUCUUCUCUGUUGUUGGCUUCAUGUCGUUUGACUCGGGUCUCCCCAUCGAUAAGGUCGCUACUUCAGGCCCUGGUUUGGUCUUUGUUGUAUACCCUGAAGCCUUAGCACGUAUGCCCUUCGCUCCUCUAUGGUCAGUCCUCUUCUUCUUCAUGUUCAUCACCAUUGGUCUAGACAGUCAGUUUGUUGAUGUGGAGACUGUUGUCUCUGGCCUUUACGACAUUGUUGAAGAGAACAUUCCUUACAUGAGAGGCAGAAAGACCUUGUUGACGGGAAUCAUCUCCUUUGUCACGUUUCUCAUUGGCAUCCUCCUUGUAACACAGAGUGGAAUAUACUGGCUGACCCUAAUCGACAACUUUGCAAGUACCUUCACCACGUUGGUAGUCGCUGUGUCAGAGUGUCUCGUUAUAUCUUAUGUAUAUGGUGCUGGACGAUUUGUGGAGGACUUGAAGGUUAUGCUUGGCUACAGAAUCCCUGUUUACUGGCAGAUUGCUUGGAUGUUCAUCGCUCCUUUUGUCAUUGUGUUCAUUUUCAUCUUCUUCUGCGUGGUAUACCAACCCCUGAUCUACGAUGCAAGCUACACCUACCCUCAGUGGGGUGAGACUCUAGGAUGGUUGAUGGCUCUCUCUGCGAUGAUCUUCAUUCCAGGAUAUUUCCUCUUCUUCUUUCUCUUCAAGACGGAGGGAUCGAUACGAGAGAGAUUCCAUACAUGCCUCUCACCGUCAGAGAAAUGGGGACCGUUGAGGAACGAGGACAGGCUGCUGGCAGGGUACCCUCUCCUAGAGGGCCAUGAUGCAGAAGAUAUCAACCAGACCACUGUUUGAGUAGUACCUAGCUAGCACACUCUCCCUCCCUCCGUCCCUCCCUCCCUGGUCUAUGCCCCAACGACUUAACAGCACCAAAGCUUAGAAGCACUAUGCACUGCCCUUUUCUCUUAACUCAUGUCCGUAGGUUUCUUUAUCUCCGAGUAUAAAAAGCAGCGUAGGUUGUGGUAUUAAUCCCUGGACAAAAUGGUUGGGUUUCUCCAACUGUACUCGGUUCCUUUGAUCUAGCAUAUGCUCCGGCGACAUCAGGGGGGUGUUUCACAAAACUUGUCAUCAGUGACAAAUGACAGUUUUUGUUAUAAGCUACUGAAAUCCUUGCUUCUGAUAUGGUAUCAGCAGAUUUGUCACUGAUUUUUGUCAUUUGUCAUUUUUGUCAUUGAAACGGGUCCCUGUUCUAGGCUAGCGUUAGGAUUGCACUUUAUGUUUUUGGUAAGAUUAAAGUUGAGAGUGAGGUGUAGUGUAGGGUCCAACGUAGCUUGAUGUACUAAAAUGGCCGCAGAGCCAUUGUCGCCGGAGCAUGUGCCGUGCAAUGUAUGCUUUAAUAUUCUCAAGGCUUUGAAGACAUUCUUGAAAUACCUUUUCUCAUUUGAGGUGUGAGCCUGAGUUUCAGCAAUUUCGCACAAAGUAGAGGAUUAUUAAUUAUCCUAUUAAACAAGGAGGCUGAUUUUGCUGUUCAUUUGUUUUGAUAUUCUAAUUCUUUAUAUUCGUACUUAACCAGCCACUUAUC